ACUUUAGGUUGUUUGCACGUUUUUGUUUUUGUCUGUAUGUAGUCUGUAGAAUGUAUGUAUUGCGUUGUAAACACUUGAGUGUGUUUUGCUCUUGUGAAUGAAUGCAAUCAAGGCCAUCAAUCAGAUAUAAGUAGGUAUGUAGUGUUACUGUAUAUACAAAGCUACAUUGCAGUGAUGGGUUAAAUAGUGUGUUGAAUUCAGUAAAUAAAAUUCACUUAUUUUAUAGUGAACAAAGAUGUGGGUUGUUACUUAUAUAUACAAUGCCUUACACAAGCACAGUAACACAGGUUUUUGGCAUUUUAUCACAUUAAAGAAACAGUACAUUUCAAAAGGAUUUUAUUUGACCGUUGUAAAGUAGUGCAUAAUUCAGAAGUGUUAGAAGCUCUGAUACCUCCUAAUAAAAUCCAAUGCAAGCGGUUGUCUUUAGAACUCAUCUAAUUAAUAAACAGUUGAUGAGAAGAUAGAUGGAGCUAAAUACAGGGCAAUGUUAGAUGAACGCCUGCUAGAGGCGAGAGGGAAAGAUAUUACACUGGACCGAAGGUUCACUUUCCAGCAGGACAACGACAAUAAACAUACAGCCAGAGCCACGAUGAAAAGGCUUAGGAAACAGCACAUUCAUGUGUUAGAAUGGCUAGGUCAAAAUCAAGGCCUGGAUCAAAUGGUUGAAAAUGAAUGUUCAUAGACACUAUCCUGACUGUGACUGAGCCAUUUGACAGAGGAAAAUGGGCAGAAAUCUCAGGCUCUAGAUGUUCAAAGCUGGUAGAGACUGGUAAAACUUGCAGUUGUAAUUGCUGAAAAAAGACAAUUUUACACAGUAUUGACCAAGGUUUAUUGUUAGAGUGAGAAGAAUGCACUUUUUGAUUUUCACUGGUCAAACAUCCUGAAAAUGUUCUUCUACUUCACAUUAUCACAUCGGAUCCCGAUAUUUUAUAUUGAAGUUUGUGGCUGUAAUGUGACAAAAUGUAAAAAGCUCUUUUAAACGGCACUACAGUUACAACCUAAACUCUGAUAAAUUGUGGUGAUGCAUGAGAGUGAACUGCACUUUGCUCUCUGAGAUGUUUGUUGGCCUGGUUAUUCAGUUUUCUUUUUAAACAUUUAAAACAGAUGAUCAUGUUUUAAAGAUGUUUUUUGUCUUGUUAUAUGCUUACAAUGAAGAUUGGUAUAUAUGGAUGUAAGCACAGAUCCUUGAUCUUUGCUGUGUACGGUGGUCUAGCGGUCCUGGUCACCAUGGGGUGGACCUUCAUGGCUCUGGUUGUGUCCCACUGCAUAAUACUGUACAGUGUCGCCCUGGUGAAGAAGAAAUGGAUGUGCUUCGCUGCAGGCAUGAGCACACUGGCCUCCAUCAAGCUGGAGCCGUAUAACUCUUGGCAGGAGGCCUUGGUGACUGGUUCUUUCGACCUGCAAGACAUCCUGUUCUACGGAGGCUGUGGCUUCAGUAUCAUGCGCUGCAUGAGCUUUGCUUUGGAGAAUUGUGACAGGAAGGAGGGCAACUACACGUUCUCUGACCUCCUGAAAUACAACUUCUACCUCCCAUUCUUCUUCUUUGGACCUAUUAUGACUUUCGACUGUUUUCAUGCCCAGGCUAACAACACUCAGCUAACCCGUAAAGAGAGGGAGAUGUGGAACAUCACAACCAAGGCCUUGUUACACCUGGGAGUUAUUUUGGUGGUGGACGUCUUCUUCCAUUACCUGUACAUCUUGACUAUACCCAACGACAUGAAGUUGGUCAACAAGCUGUCUGACUGGUGUCUCGCUGGACUGGCCUAUUCCAACUUGGUGUAUGACUGGAUAAAAGCAGCUGUGAUGUUUGGCGUUAUCAACACUGUGGCAACACUGGACCACCUGGACCCACCGCAGCCCCCCAAGUGUAUCACCAUGCUUUACGUCUUUGCUGAGACGCACUUUGACAGAGGCAUUAACGACUGGCUGUGCAAGUAUGUCUAUGACUAUAUCGGUGGGAAUCAUGACAAGAUCUUUAAAGAACUUCUUGCAACAGUCUGUACUUUUGCUGUCACCACCUUAUGGCUGGGCCCAUGUGAGGUGGUUUACAUCUGGUCAUUUUUCAACUGCUUUGGCCUCAACUUUGAACUGUGGGUGGCAAAGUUCUUCUCCAUUCCACCAUUUUCUAUCAUGGAGGAAGCUAUGGGUGAAGCCAUGUCUCGCAGGAUCAGGGGUGUCUUUAAUGCUGCCAACUUCUGGGCUAUUGUCCUCUACAAUGUUCUUUCCCUGAACAGUUUGGAGUUUGCCAAAUUGGUGGGCAGAAGGAUUAUUUUCAAAGGUUUUCCGCUGUCCACCCUAUCUGUGCUGCUUGUGACGUACUGUGGUGUGCAGCUGGUGAAGGAAAGGGAGCGACAGCAGGCCCUGCUGGAGGAUCCGGACCCAGUAAAGCAAGUGGAUGGUGCCAAAGAGAAAGCUGAAUAAUCAAACAUCAAACCACAGUAUUUUCUGACUUGUAUGGCAGGCCCUCACAUGGUUUCAUUGUUAGCCUCGCCAACUGGAACACAACCAAACGGUGACAGCCAGUUGGCACCUUUAUUGUUCACAAGGCAAAGCUUUUGCUUGUCAGAAGCAAGUCGGUAUUUUGAACAUAAAGUAUCCUCAAGUGCACUUGCAGUAGAUAAUCGCCACAUACUUCGGCAGAAACCCAGGAAUGACGUAUUUUGUAUAUGAAUUAAACAAAUGUUUAUAAUGUACAUUACAAGCCUUAAAAACAAAAUCAAUUAACAACAGGAUAGAUAAUGUUCAGUGUUAAAUGAGCAGCUACAUUGCUCUGUUUGGACACUUCUUUUAAAUUAUUCUCAGAUUUGAACAUUCUUGCUUUUUAUUACCUGCAGUUAAGUUCAUUUUAUUCAAAUGGUAUAUUUUUUUUCUUCAGAGCCUAUUGUCACAACCCUUAAUCACUCUAAAGGGAAUGAAACUUGAAAGAAACUUGCAAUAAGGAAAACAAACAAAGGGUGCUGUGGAGAUCUUCUACAAAGCUUUCAGAUGAUCUUAAUGUAUCUUUGCUCCACUGUCUCUUAGUAAAAGCACACGUUACAGAAGAAGAUAGUCUUUUGGUUUUAAUAGUGACUAUGUGUUGGAUGUCUUAGGAUGCUGAAUGUAACUAAGUCCCUGGCCCAUGUUCAGAAGGUGAUUGCCUUGUUCCAAUUCAUAGAUUUCACAGGAAAUUACAGAUGGAAAUCUGUUUACCUUUCUUCCACCCAUCGUAGGCACUUCUGGCCCUCACUUUGCUAUGAUAGACAAUAGACCGAACAGGAAACCUGGGACAGUCUUUUAGUGCCUGUCAACAAAACCUGCAGCAUGUCUUCGGUGCGGAAGGAAAUGAGGGAAACUUUAUAAAGAUUGUAAUGUGUUUUAUCAUUCAGAUGUUUUCAUGCAAAUGGGUGUUUAUUUAAAUGUUUGUCUUGAAAUAAAGAUGUAUUUCAUCCCA